AUGAACAGAUGUAGCCCGUCCAAAACAAGACGGCUGAGUCAAACUGACAAAACAGUUGAUGAGAUUAUGGGAUUGGGCAGACAAAGUAGGAUUCUGGCUUUUGGUACACCCGUCAUGCCAGAUGUAGUAUUCACUCCACUUGUCAAAUUAGCGUGGCAUUACAAUGUAAAUUUGGAAAGCAUAUCAAUCAUUGUUCAAACAUUGACAAUUGAUCAUUCUGUAUUUGCAUUAAGUGAUCACCAACCGGGAAUAAUAAUUGAUUCCGGAACAACUUUGGUUUACAUUACUGAAGAGGCUUACACCCCCGUUGUGGAUGUUAUAAAACAUGCAGCUUCAAACUUCAUACAGCCACUUAUGUCAAGUGAAAAUUUUUGUUAUUGA